UCCAAUCAGAAGGCUCCUUACUGACCAGACACACGGGCGUAAUGCGAAAAAGAGUGUGCCCGUUUUCCUUUUUUUGAGAAUCUGUUUAAGUUACUUUAGUGGAUAAUAAAUAUCUCCUCCAUUAAACAGUAGCUGGACACUGAAAAUGGGGGAGCCGCAGCAGGUCAGUGCCCUGCCGAUGCCGCCGACGCAGUACAUCAAGGAAUACACUGACGAAAAUGUACGGAAAGGACUGGCUCCAAAACCGCCACCUCCAAUUCGGGACACUUACUUGAUGUUUGGCAAUCAGUUUCAGUGUGAUGACCUCAUAAUUCGUCCGCUUGAGAGCCAGGGCAUUGAGCGCCUGCAUCCCAUGCAGUUUGACCACAAGCGGGAACUGAAGAAGCUUAACAUGUCCAUCUUGGUCAACUUCCUGGACCUCUUGGAUAUUCUGAUUAAAAGCCCUGGAAGCAUUAAACGGGAAGAGAAACUGGAGGACCUGAAACUGCUCUUUGUUCACAUGCACCACCUCAUCAACGAAUACCGCCCGCAUCAGGCCAGAGAGACGCUGCGUGUGAUGAUGGAGGUGCAGAAGCGGCAGAGGCUGGAGACGGCUGAGCGCUUUCAGAAGCACCUAGAGCGAGUGGUGGAGAUGAUCCAUAACUGCCUUGCUUCGCUGCCUGAUGAUUUGCCCCAGCCGGACACCUCUAGUGGGGCUGGAGCAAGUGGCCUGGCUGUAGGCUCAGGCUCAGGCUCAGGAGGCGAGUCCAGACUGAAAACUGAGCCUAUGGACUUAGAGGAGGUUGGGGUUAGCUGCAUGGCAGGACAAACAGACAAAAGUGUGCCCUCCACUAAGAAGGAGAAAGUAUGGGAUAAAGAUGCUGCAAUGUGUAGUAUCAUUGAUGAAAUGACUUAAGAUGCGUAGUAUAUUGUUCCUUAGUUGUUAGCUUUUGUUUUGUUUUUGUUUAACUUUAUUACAGCACAAAUGUGGAUUGACACAAAAGCUAUUUUGAACACUUCAGCCACUCAGUAAUGGCAAAAUGUUUGAUUUCAAAUGAUGAAAUCAACUCCCCAGUGCUGUACAAAAUUUACUAAGACUUGUCAUAAGAUCUGUUUGGUGUGAUAUGAAUAAAGCUGAUAUGUUCUUGUUUCUCUGGCUUGAGUGUAACCUGCACAAGUCUGUAUAAUUUGCGCAUGAAAACAUAAUGACCUUCUGGAAAGAGCUAGAGACCUUGUUGUACAAUAUGUAACAAGGUUAUGUGAUAUAGUGGUUUACAGUCUCAUUUCCAGAAGAACCACAUUCAGCAGUUUGAAACAAGGAACUAUAGCUCUUAUACAACCUUUAACUAGCCACCCUUACGUAAUUGCCCUUUAUUCUAAUGAACAGCAUGCAGCUUAACCAUGUGGGUUCCUUUUGUAAUAUGAGACGUGUAGAAAACAUACGUAGCUGUGUGAAUAGACAAUGUUAAAUACACAAACUUGUCACUUAGUGUGAGGCUGAAUAACACAGGGGUGGUUCAUGUCAUGAAAGCGUGACUUGCCAAGUUCAUUUUAAUCAUCUGUAGUUCAGCUGCAGUUUGUACUGAGAGGUGCACACAAGGUUACUGACGCCACCAAAGCUGUGAAGAGUGCAGACACAGACUGAUGAAUGCAGCAAGCCCGUCUAUGAAAUAACAGACUGUUAUUGUGUAAUGAUCUUCUGUGCUAAGUAUCCCAGAUCAGCAUAGGUGAGCUCUGCUAACAAUUUAGCACAAAUUUACUGUAAAUCUACAUUCCUAAAAAAAGAUGUUUCUUCAAGGGUUCUUUAAUAAAGACAAUAGUUCUGUAUAGAACCAUUUACACUCAAAGAACUAUUUGCAUGCUUAAAAAGUUUUGCAUCGUGAAAUGGUUCAGAUUGAUGAACAAAGUGUUGUAGGGUUCUGCAAUGACAAGCCUCUAACAAUAGAAGAACCAUUUUUGGUGCUAUAUAGAACCAUAUAUAACGUUCUACAUCACGCUUAAGAACCAUUUAACGAUGCAAACAGCUCUUCAAGCAUGCAAUUGUUUUCCAGUUGUUUUUGAGUUUUCUUGGUUCUAUAUAGUACCAUUAUCUUUAUUAAAGAACUCUUAAAGAACCAUAUUUUUAAUACAAAAUUGCAUUAUUGAGAUGUAGUUAUCUACUGUCCAAAAAUGUGUUUUAUAUGUAAUGUUGGUAAUGGUAAAAAAUGAAGGUAGGUGCAUUUGAGAGAGAUUCUCUUUUACAUGAGUGGAUUUUUAAAAAGCUAAUGCUAAAACCUUAAUUCUAUUGUAGAACUAUAUCUCAGGCAUCUGGAAGUGUAUUCAUAUCCAUUUUAUGUAAUAAAGGUUUUAAAAAACA